CGCUCCUCUUCCCUCGAAUCUUCCUAUCCCAACCUCUGCUAUAUAACCCCCACAUCUAAGCAGCGCAACCAUUCCUCCAUAAACACCAGCUCCACCUCUCCAUUAAUGGACAGCAGCUCUUGCAUAGAUGAAUCUUCCGCAAGCAGCGACGCCGGCGCCGCCAUACUCUCCCCUUCUCCUACCCCACCGUCACCACCGCCUCCCCUCCAACGCAUGGGAAGCGGCACCAGCACGUUAACAAUCGCCGAAUCAUCAUCAGAGUCACGAAAGCUCCCAUCUUCCCAGUACAAAGGGGUCGUUCCCCAACCCAACGGCCGCUGGGGCGCUCAGAUCUACGAGAAGCACCAACGCGUUUGGCUCGGCACCUUCAACCUCGAACGCGAAGCCGCUUGCGCUUACGACGCCGCUGCCCAACGCUUCCGCGGCCGCGAUGCAGCCACCAACUUCCCCCCUCUUUCACCCGACGCACAUGAGCUCGCUUUCCUCCUUUCUCGCUCUAAAGCAGAGGUUGUUGACAUGCUUCGCAAGCACACUUACCUCGACGAGCUCCACCACUCGCGGCUCCGCCUCUCGCCGCCUCCUUCAUUCCUCCCCUCCGCUUCGAAGCCACCGCGCGAGCAUCUCUUCGAUAAAUCCGUUACGCCGAGCGAUGUCGGCAAGUUAAACCGUCUUGUGAUUCCAAAGCAGCAAGCUGAGAAGCAUUUUUCAUUGCCAGGAGUCGUCGGCGGCGAAGGAGCAAAGGGCCUACUUCUAAGCUUCGAGGAUGGCGUCGGGAAGGUGUGGAGGUUCAGGUACUCGUACUGGAAUAGUAGUCAGAGCUACGUUUUGACUAAGGGGUGGAGCAGAUUCGUGAAGGAGAAAGGGUUAAAGGCAGGGGAUACCGUUGGGUUCUACCGAUCAAAAGGCGGAGAUGGACAGCUCUACAUCGAGUGCCGGAUUCGCGCCGCCGUUGAUGGCGGAGUGUCGCCGGAUAAAGUUUUCAGGUUGUUUGGUGUGGAUAUAAUGAAGGCUGCGGUGGGAGCGAAUGAGAAUGGGAAGAGGGGUCUAGAAGCGAUGGAGGCGGCGAUGUCAGGUCCGGGCUCGGUGGGUUGGUUUAAGAAGCAGUGUGUGGUGGGUAUGUAGUGGGUGUAAGAACAGUCGGUUUUUCAAUUGUAAUUAGUUAGGAAAGGAGUUGUAAGGUUUUGUAUACAUAAUUUUUUGGUCAUUUCGUUUUGUUCAAUCAAUAAAAAUCUCGAGUCAAAUUCUUAGAGCGUGGAAAUAAA